UAUUCUACUGUUUUAUAACAUAUACAAAGUUUCAGAAUUUUGACUCAAAGCAGGGAGAAGGAAAAAUUCUCCACCAGAAAUAGAAUAGGACAAAAGAAAACAGUAGAAAUAUGAUAAGCGGUUAGAGAGAAAGAAAGAAACAGAGAAAAUAUCUGUCAAAUAAUUGAACAAUCGGCUACUCGGAAAACCAAUGGUGUUAAGCAGCCUUCAAUUUAAGCUUACAGAACUAAGUUGUGAUUAUAAAUAUAGAAAACGCAUUCAGAUUCAUCCAGCAAAUUCAUCAUAUCAUAUCAUAUCCUUCAUUAAAGUGAGAAAAAAACAUGGGCGAGAGAAACAGUGGAAGCAAAAGCAGCAAGUGGAGUUUGGAGGGAAUGACAGCACUGGUCACAGGUGGAUCCAAAGGAAUCGGGUAUGCUAUCGUGGAGGAGUUGGCACAGCUUGGGGCCACUGUACACACUUGUUCUCGUAACGAAGCUGAACUCAAUGAAUCCUUGAACGAAUGGACUACAAAAGGAUACAGAGUAACCGGUUCGGUCUGUGACGUGGCCUCUCGUAUAGACAGAGAAGAGCUGAUAGCUAGAGUCUCCUCUCAGUUCAAUGGAAAACUCAAUAUCCUUGUAAACAAUGUGGGAACAAACAUACAGAAGCAGACCCUGGAUUUUACAGCAGAAGAUUUCGCAUUUCUGAUCAAUACGAAUCUUGAAUCUUGUUUCCACUUAAGCCAGCUUGCACAUCCUCUCCUAAAAGCUUCAGAAGCUGCAAGUAUCAUUUUCAUAUCCGCGGUUGCUAGUUUUAUAGCUACAAAUUUGGUAUCUGUUAUUUAUAGUGCAACAAAAGUUGCAAUGAACCAAGUGACAAAAAAUCUGGCAUGUGAAUGGGCCAAAGACAACAUAAGGACCAAUUGUGUUGCACCAGGGCCAAUCAGAACCCCUCUCGGGGAUAAGCACUUUAAAGAGGAAACAAUUAGGAAUGCUGUAAUUUCUCAAACCCCUCUGGGACGUAUUGGAGAGGCAGAGGAGGUGUCUUCGUUGGUGGCAUUUCUGUGCUCGCCUGCAGCCUCUUACAUCACAGGACAGAUCAUUUGUGUUGAUGGCGGCUACGCUGUUAAGGGCUUCCAUAUCUAGCCUUGUUUUCACAUUUUCUGUGCUAUGUCAGUUACACUCUCAUUGUUUUUGUUUUUGUGCUAUGUUACGAGUAAGUUAACAGAGUGAACUUUCAUAGGUUAUGGAUGUAUUUGAAUUCACAAUAAGUUGCGAGUGACUCUCACUGUGAGAGUAUAUCAUGUUAAAUGUAUUUUGGAAUGUGUGAUGUUUAUUGUUCGAUAGAAAUAAAACUCAGGCUUGUUUUCACCUUGAAACUCAAACUUCAAAGACAAAUUAUCAUGUUAAAAAUUAGGAAGAGGAUUAUUUGA